GGGAUUGGUGCGGUGCACGGACAUUUUAAAGAGUUGUAGUCUCACUGCAGAGUGUCGAUUUACGUGAUUAGCGGCCUUAAAAAGAGGACACCACUCGGUGUGCGAACUUCAAUUGCAUAGUAGACAUCAAUGAGAAGAGUUCAAAGACCAAAAGCUAAGCAAAUACUGGGUAAUAAUACUAGUAAAUUUGGAAUAGAGCUUAUGUUUGAAUUUUAUAUUAUUGGAAAAACGAAUACAGAAAAACAGUGUAACAUGGGCCAUGCUUUAUUCUCCCAGUGCCUUUUUGUUAAUUUUAUAUGCAUCAAGAUUCAAAAGAUUGGGGAAAGUGUUUGCAAUGGGCUAAAAUCCUGGCCUAGGAAGGUUCCUGCCUUGAACUCAGUGCUGCCAGGAUGGUCUUCAGCCCUUUCAACUGGAGAAACGUGCAACAAUUCUUGAUGGUGGAGGCCAUGAGGUUUGCAGUAGACGAGAUCAACAACUCAAGCAACAUCCUGCCCAACAUUACCUUAGGUUACCAGCUGCUGGACAACUGCAGCAUGGAGGAGAACUUCCAUAGCAUUUUACACCUGCUGUCUGAUACAGAGGUCGAUGUCCUGUACGUGUGGCAUGACCCAUCCAAGUAUUUACCCACUGCACUCGCCAUCAUUGGACCAGGAGACAGCACUGCAGCAACUGCCAUCAUGGGGCUACCCAGUUGGUACUGGGUGCCCGUGAUCGACUUCUUUGACUCAGUCCAGAUGCUCGCCAAUAAGAGGCUCUACCCUUCAUACUUCUGCACGGUGCCCAGCACCCUGGAGCAGACCAGAGCCAUCCUGCGUUUGAUGCAGCGGUUUAGCUGGACCUGGGUUGCCAUAGUAGGUAGCAGCACAGAUUAUGGCCAGGAGUCCAUGCAGUUAUUCCUCGACAUGAGUGCCACAUAUGGCGUGUGUGUGCCCUAUUUGCACACCAUAACCACAUCACCCCAGGACACUAUGAGAAUUCUGGCCGAGAUCAUGGCUGUCAAUGUGACCGUGAUCUUUGCUGAAGACACAGUGGUGGAGUCAUUUUUUCAAGUGGCUGUGAAUCAGAGUAUUGAGGGGAAGGUCUGGGUGGCCAGCAACACUUGGUCUGUGUCAACACGGGUAGCAGCAGUUAGUGGCAUCCUGAAAACUGGCACAGUGUUGGGCAUUGCAGUUAAGGAGCGGCCCAUGCCCGGUUUUGAGGAGUAUCUAAGUAAGAAGUUCCAGUCCCCCGCACCGCACACAGGAUCAAACGGCCUGAUGACUAGCUGUAUGGGGCUGACAGCCAAACAGAUCCUAAGUUACACAGGCACCCGUGUGUCAUACGGGGUAUAUGCUGCUGUUCAUGCUGCCAGCGAGGCUCUAAACUUGGCUCUUGGCUGCAAACCCAACCUCUGUGAAAGGAAGAGGAUCUACCCAUGGCAGGUACUCAAUGCCAUGAAGACAAUGAACUUUUCUAUCAGUAAUGUUACUGGAGACCCCAAUAGGCAGGAGCUGGUGGAGAGCGAAUAUGACAUCAUCACCUGGCAUGCCACAGCACAGCUGCCUUCUGUGACCAUCGUGGGCCAUUACAGCCGAAGACGAGGCCUAAAGCUCAACAAGACACUGAUUGGUUGGGGUACCAUAGGCCAACAGGUAGAGUGGGGCAGGAUGGGGGUACUCUGCCAUGAGAGAGUUCAAUAUGAGGCACUAACUGGGGUACCUCUGCCAUUCCAGGAGCCCUUCUCUGUCUGCAGUGAAGAGUGCAGCCUCACAGCAAGGAAGGAGAGAGGCAGCCAGAAGUGCUGUUUCCAGUGCAUCCCUUGCGCACCUGGCAUGUUCACCAAUAAAAGCAAUCCGUACACCUGCCAGUCCUGUAACGUUAAUGAGUGGUGGAAUCCAUUUGAGCAGAGGUGUCUGAAAAGGGAAGUGGAGUUCUUGAGGUGGAGUGACCCGGCUGCGAUGUUGCUGACCUGUGUCUCCUGGCUGGCAGUCAUCCUGACCUUGGGCAUCAUUGUUUUGUUCCUGUGGUACCAGGACACCCCUGUUGUCAAAGCCACUGGGGGCAGGAUGAGUCUAGUCAUGUUGGUCUGCCUGACUGUGGCCUACGUGAACAUCAGUUUGUACAUCGGGAAACCCUUCAACCUGGUCUGCUUGAUUCGCCACCCCAUCUAUGCCAUCACAUCCAGCAUUUGUUUGUCCUGCAUGGCCGUCAAGUCCUUCCAGCUCGUGUGCAUCUUCAAGCUAGCCAGACGGCUACCCUCUGCCUACAAUUAUUGGGCUCAUCACUCUGGGCCAGUACUUACCAUAGUAGGCUUCACAGUGGUGGACAUCAUCAUUCAGGUAACCCACUGUAUCCUGACCCACCCCAAGGCCACAGUGGACACCUCGUCCUUUCCAGAUCUGAUUCUCCUAAACUGCAGCCAUUCUCUGCAGUUGCUGGAUAUCUUCUACAAGACCCUCUUGAGUCUCUUGGCUUUCCUUCUUGCCUACCUAAGUAAGGAUCUUCCACCCAGCUACAGUGAGGUCAGGUGCAUCGCUUUCUCAGCCCUUAUUUUCCUGGUGGGCUGGGGCUUCUACCUCACAGUCCAUGUGCUGGAACUUGGCAGGCUGUCUAGUGUCCUCAAGGUUCUAAGUAUUCUGCUCAGUCUGCUUGGUAUCACUGCUGGCUACUUCCUGCCUCGCUGUUACAUCAUUCUGAUCCAACCAGAACGCAACACUGCCACCUUUUUCCAGAACAUGAUUCAUGAGUACACCAUGGGUAGCUAGAUGUAACUUCCAUCUUUCUCAAAAGGGAACCCUCCACCAGCGAGAGGACCUGUGUGGGGUUGCCAACCUCUGAUGGGUGUCCCGAGACCACAAACAUAUCUACCUCUGUUCCCCUCCCGUUCUACCUACCAUUGACCUCAUUCAAAUGAUGUCACCUCUUAGGCUAGACUUCCAUUUGUCCAAAGACUUCACCUACCAUUAACCUCUGCUUUCAAGACUGGUAGCCAGUGGCCUGCUGUUGUCCAGAAGAUCACUUCAAGGAGGUUCCAGGCCAAGUUCUCUGUACACUUUGUAACUUUGAAAUAAACAGUUAAGAGA